ACUCUCUCAUCAGCAUGUUCGGGCGAAGAAGCACUUGGGCUAGAGAGCGGUCUCAUUACUGAUCAACAGAUUACUGCUUCAUCCUCCUGGGAUACGGCACACGGAAAACAGAACGCCCGACUAAACCGCCAAGCCGCCCGAGGUAAAACAAGUGCCUGGUCAGCGGGAAGCAAUGAUCUCAAUCAGUGGCUUCAAAUCGAUUUCGGACGAAAUGUGAAAAUUACAAAGCUUGCGACUCAGGGACGUAAUGACUACGGUAACCAAUGGGUGAAAAGUUAUACUUUCGCUUACAGUGCGGAUGGCAGUAACGUUCUUCAGGCCUAUAAAGAGAAUGAAGUUGAUAAGGUGCUGUGGUUUCCUUAAUAAUGCAGCUUAUGCAGCGAGGGCUGUAGGGAGCUUUGCAAUUUAUAUGUAAUUUUUAUUUAGUUUUAAUGAUGGGGGUCACAUUUCAUAAGAUAUAUCACCAUUUCGUGUCUGUUUAUCUCUAUUUCAAGUUUUGUGUCUGUAUGUGCAACACAUCCGGCUUCUCAUUGAUUAUCAACUACAUGUAAAAUUAUCUCUGACGUUUUCCAUUCGAAUCGUCAACUUUUUGAAAUUCACCACGGUGGUUAACCAACCUUUAUCAACUUUUAAUUGAUGCCAAACUAACUGUUUGACUUUCCCAAAGUGCAACUGUUUGUUUAGCAAUUCUAAUUGGCGGUCUUUCCCCGCGGUUCUAAGUAUUCGUUCAUCGCUAAGUCAGCCAGUCUCACUCUCCUCCGUGAAAACAGCUGUGAAUUGUUUUGAGGAGAGCUGAGAGUUGAUGUUCUAUUGCGCCAAUCGCCGUAAAGCAUUACCAACGGUACCUGCAUCGUUCUUUUUUGAAAUUCACUACGAUUUUUUUUGCCGGUGAUUGUCUUUGUGGAGUUAACCUAAAUACCAUGUGGAGUCACAUGAAUUGUUUGCUUUUAUUUUUCAGGUUUUUACUGGUAAUGCAGAUCAGAACACCGUGGUUACCCAUGUCUUGUUGCAACCAAUCACAGCUCGAUAUGUCCAAAUAAAACCAAAAUCGUGGAAUGAACAUAUUUCCAUGAGGACCGAGUUUUACGGCUGUGUUCUCUCAGGUAAGAGACCAGUCAUUAUGUAAGGGGAAGAGGGGGGAGGGGGGGGGGGGGAGAAGGGGGAAGUGGGUGGUUGGGUCAUGAUCAAAUUUAGCUGACUCCCCCCCUCCCCCUAACCAAGGCUCGUUAACUUUGUUAUGAUCAUCUCUCAUUGGCAGUCGAUUUUCUGUAGUCACCCGUUCAUUAUGUUGGCGACAUAUCCCCCCCAAAUUACUCCUGACCCCUCCUCCUCAAGGUGAUCACUAGUCCUUAAUAGAGAUGAGAUAAAUAACAAGGUACAUGGUUAUUAUCAGAAAGAACCUCGAUCAAUUAACACAUUCUUUUAAUGCCUUGAAAUCACAGACCGUUAUCAAGUACUUGGUCGGAAUGUCCACAUGGAUUACGUUCAAGAGCAUCUUCGUACAAAAAGAGAGGUAGCCUUCGGACAGACCCAGGAGCGAGCCAAUAGAAUCGAGCUUGAAAUUCUAGCUGAUACUGUAUAUGUUAAGGUAGGUUUUUUUACAAUUUAUUUUAACUUUGGCUGGGGGAAAUUUGGUUUUUUAGUGGUACCCUUUCGUUUGUUCCCAAGAACCUUCCGUACUCAAUAGAAUCGUAUUAAAGUCAGACAAUUCAUACCCAGUUUGUGUCAGUUCGUACCAGUCCUAACGUUCAGUGACGAUCAAAACCUGGGAGAUCUCACGAACAGAUGUUGACUGUUGCGCACGACAAGUUAGUAAAGAGGCAAGCGGGUAAAACACAAACAAAGUUCUGUUUUGUAUACUUGUGACCUUCUUAACAAUAAACAUUAAAUUAUAAUUACUGCCCAAGGCGAUGUAAGGGUGUUGUACAAAAACUAGACACCCCACACAUGAAACUUCUUCAACGCAGAUUAUAUUGUUACUGAUUGCAGAAUUUAACAUCAGGAACCCACCUUACUUUUAGUAUGAUGGGUUCAAAAACAUAAUUAACGUAGAAAACGAACGUAAAUUAAUAUGGCUGGAUACAAAACAUCCUCGGGUAGUAAACAGGUGGUAAGCGUUUCGAUCAGUAAAACUGAAACUUGAUGUUUUCGCAAGCUCUACGAAUUACAGUUGGAUGAAGAACGUAUUGUAGCAAUGGAGGCCAUUUAUAAAUGACUGUUGCGAUCAAUUUAAAUUAGUUUUGGUUUAUGACACCCAAUCGAAAAGUGUUUCGAUUCAGAAUGUCCAAAUGGAGCACGAACAGUUCUGAAUUGAGAGAACAUUGACUGCCUCAGGGCGGUUUCGAUAUACAUGUAAGGGAUUAUACGCUGCUUAUUUCCCAUAGGGUGACGUGGACUUGCGUGGUACAAAAAAGUUGACAAUAUUCAGCCGAAAGGUGGUCUUUUUGAAAGACAGUCAACUGAACCUCAGAGCUCCCAACUUAGUGCAAAAUUUAAAUAUCCUGUCUCCUGGUACCGAUGGAGACGAUGGGAAGCAUGGAGUUCAUGGUCCAACAGGUGAGUUAAGGACUGCCAGAAAUUUAAGGCUAUUAUCUUCUGCCCUUUUUCGUAUGUGGCUUGUGUAGGUCAGGACCAAGUAUCAUUUGUGUGGGGGUCUAGAGGUACCAAAUCCCCGAGGGGUACAUCUUAGAAAUAAGCUAGUAGGGAUGUGCUGCAGGAUGGGAUCGCACUUUCACGACUGGGUUGACUGUAGUGGCGUUACUUCUACAACAGAGUCACUAGAAUGGGGUCGCAAAUUGUCAGAAUUUUGGAUUAUGCAACGCAAGUUCUUAUUAUCAUUAUUUUUUAUUCUGUCAUCUAAAGUCACAGUCUACGCGAAAAUGAUGGCUGGCUAUGUAAAUAUCAUAACAAGUGGCGGAAAUGGAAAACCGGGGCAAAAUGGCGCGAAUGGAAGAAAGGCAGCCGACAGCAUGCACAAGGUACAUCAUUCAAGGACGUGACCCUCGGCAACGUUUGUUUAUUGAAGGAAAUUAAAAUGAACUCAUGUCAGAAUGGAAUGCUCACCACCAACAAUUUCUCAUUAUUAUUUUUCAUCACCAUCACGACCUUCUAUAAUCUAAGUGAAAACCUCGCUGCCGAUUUAAACUUAAACUUAAAAUAUACUUACAAUAAUCAUCGUUAUUUGAUACGCGUGAUAUAGAAAAACUAAGGCAAAGGUCAUAAUUUAUCACCUGAAGGGGACUGGGGAAGUUCACUAUUGAUGAUUGAACGAAAAUUUACUCUAACAGUGGAGGUUUUAUGUCAAUAGACAAUCAGUACUUGGUCUAACUUUACUAUUCAAACAGCAACCAGACAGGACAAACUCUGACUGCAAAGCACACGAAACAAGGUAUGGCUGCACUAGUCACAUUGCAGGGAUACCAGGUAUAUCAGGCGGAAAUGGAGGAAACGGCGGAGAUGGUGGGAGAUCAGGUAAAACUGAAACUUUAAUAAUUUAUUCUAACCAUAAUAGAAUAAAUCGAUUUCUUUCUUUUGAGCUUCCAAAGAUCCACCUAAUUUUCCAAAAAUUGUUAUUAACGCUAAUACUUCCUUUUUCGACGCCGCAACCAUGCGUUCUUACUCUAAUUAUCAUUUUCUUGCCCAAGUUUUUUACUUUUACUGAUUAUUGAUUCAAAAAUGUCUAUUUAAGAGUUGAUUAAAGGGGGUAAGUUUCUCAAGAAAUCGCAGUGCUGCGUCAGUUUGGGGAUUAACAGGAUAAUUAAUUUUGGUGUUAUCAACUUAGUUGAUAAUAGAAAUUGGUUACCGCAAAGAGUUUCUAAAGUUGACGUUUCGAAUGUUAGUCCUUUUUCAGAGGGAAUGAUGAACAGCUAACGCUUGAAACGACAGUUUUAGAAAUUCUUCACGGUGGUCAAUUUCCAUUUUCAACUCAGUUGUUAAAACCAAAUUAGCCAUAUCAAAAAUGGUUCAGCUCGCGUUUGAUGAGAUGUGGUGAAAACGACGGAGGUUUGGAGAGCACGAAAGAUGCGUUAGAGUUGACCGCUCUUCAAGCAAUUGAUUCCAGCCUCUUAAGUACUCUCCAAUCUUCUGAAGGGCUUCAUAUCUAGAUUAACACAAAGCUGAUGCAUGAAGUUAUUGUUUGAUUGCAUUUUCCACACAGCAGUGGAAUAUGCCUUAUAUGGUAGUUCCCCAGCCAUGCACACGCACGUUUUUAGUGUACCCCGCGCCUAGCGGAAAACUGAGGCAAUCGCUCUGUUGACUUUCAUUACUUGUACACGAAUUUAUUAUGUUAUAAACAGUAGUAAUCACCACUUAAAUGUACUACAUUUACUUAUGUCCCUCGCCUAUUUAUUUAUUUAUUUAUUGAACUUAACAACAGGAAAUGGUGGUAAUGCAGGUCGUCAAACUCUUCAUGUUUUGAAAGUGAGAGGGUAUGUCGAAUUAACAUCUUGUCGUGGGUUUGGAGGGCAGGCGGCAAUAAACGGAUUAGGAGGAGCCGGUGAGGACUCAGAAAUUCUUAAUUAAUAAAAUUUUGCACGAGGAAACAAUGCAGAAGCAUUGACUGAGCAACGAAUAGUUUGAUAAAUUGAAAGAUUGUUUUCAGGUGGUUUAGGAGGACGAGGCGGCCGCGGAAUAAACUGUAGGAAGAAGGAAAGAUGUUCCGGCGGAUUUGUAUUUUAUUCCUGUAGUCACUGGUGUGAAUCAUCCGGACAAACUGGCGAGGCCGCUCGCGGAGCAACUGGAAGAAGCGGAAGCAACGGACAAGGUUUUUUAUGUGGUUAUUAAUUUAUUCUUUAAAUUAACUUUAGACGGUCUUACGCUUCCUUAAAAUGGAAUAAGGUUCCCAGGUUAUGGCUCCCCUCCCCUUCUCGUACGGACUGUGUUGGCCAAGAAUGAGAAGGGAAGGGAGAGAGCACUUGGCUGUUUUUUUUUCAAAGAAUUCUGUCAAUUAUUUUCAAGGUGAGAAAAGAGUGGAACGCUGUUUCAAGUUUAAGCGUUCCCCUUCUUCCUCUCUAAACUUGUGGUGUUGGUUCAGAAAAUAAACUGAAAUGAAAUGUUUUCUAGUAUUGUGUUCAUCAACGCUGCAGUGGGAAGGGAAUGGGAACUAGUUUGGUCCUGCUUCGAAGGUUUCUCCCAAAAAUUUCAAUUUGCGGGGCAAUGCUAAAACACUGUCUAAAGGUUACGCUUCAAAUACAAAUUUAACGCCUUUCAAUUUUCCUACCGUCAUUUUACUUUCAAGAACUCGUCGCAAAGGGCUCCGAUGGUCAGGAGGAAAUGUCGUAUCUUCAGAAAUUUAGUCUGGGUCCAAAGCAAUUGAAAAAGUAUCCUCUGCAGCUGAUAAAGAUGAUGACAAGAUAUGGUGAAGAACUUCUCUGGGCCAACGAUGUCAAAAAGAGCAACGCUGUGUUCAAGUUUGUUGUAAAAUUGUCAAGUGGCAAAGCUGGAGCGUCUGAAUUGAGAAAAGGUUCGGUAUUUUGGAAUAUAUUUUUGUUUAAUUUACCUCAUUAAAAUAAAUAACAUAAAAGAAAUUUGCUGAUAACUCUAUUUUCGAAAGACAUGAUCCCAGCCCGACAAUAAAUACUUAUAUUUCCCAAAUAGAUUCCAUGUUUGUACAGUAAUAGAUUACAGAUGACCUUAAAAUGUGGUAAGAACAAAAGAUUAGGACUGGGGGCGCAGCCUAAAAAGAGUGAAUGGUAAUCAAUGAAUUUAAGGCCGUAAUCUGCAUAGAAGAUGAUGUGAAAUGUAAUCUCCCAUUGGGAGUUUGAAGCGGUUCACAAGCACUUAUCAACUCCCUUGCUAAUCAUUCGUUUGGAUUAUUUCUUAGUGGCAAAGAGAAGACUGGCUUUUAUGAACAAAGUAGGAUAUGACAGAUUUGGGAAGAACCAACUGUUCGCACCUAUUAUCAAAUGGGAGGCCUUCAAGAAACAGGUCGAAGUCAUCAAAGAUCGUGCAGAAACGUUUGAGAACGCUUACAAUGCUAUCAAAGAAUCAAUUACACGGCAUGAUGACGUUAAGACAAUAGUAAAAGCACUACCACAGGCUGCCAGACUUCAAGUUAUAAAGCAAAAGAACAGACUGGUUGAGGCCAAACGAAUAGCAGUAAGCGAAAAGGGAGCAUAUGUAUUGGUAAGAGUCGAAACCUCAUUGUUGAAUAUCUAACGAUUUCUUAACGAGAGAGUACCAACCUGGGAAACUGAGAUCUCCAACUGGUCUUCCCUCUUACAUUUUUCUAAGGUGAAUAAUGCUAUACCGGCCAUUUUACUUGAAACACUCUGAAUCAAAAAGCUUUCGUAGGCGAAUUUUGUCAACGUUGGCAUUGCAUACGGCGUACUGUCCUUCUCUAAAACAUUUAUUUCAAAGAGAAACAGACCAGAUGCCUCGAUUCUAAGUAAACUUGAGAGGGACACAUGAGUAUAGCUUCGAAAUAAAGGCCUAACGAAAAACGCACUGGUCGGGCGGCUGGGUCUGGGUUGAAAACAAAGUUGGUCAAUAUUGGUGAUGACAUUUGAUUUUUAAAGUACUUCUCUCCACCAAAGAGCAUCAGUGAAGAGUUAGCAAGGCAGGCGGAUUGAUGAAGGAUAACCUGCGAUGACGUAGCAUACAGUCCAGUUGGCGCGGCAUUAUCCCCAGUCGUCUUAUGCUACGGAGUCCUAGAUAAACUCCAGCUAAAGAUAAGCCAAUCGGCUAAAUUUCUGACUUUAACUUCCUUGUUAUCCUUGCCCUAAUAUUACAAUUGUUUUGUCUCCUCUUCGUUGCACUAGGCUAUCGGUGAGCUGGAGGCAAGCAUGAAGAGCAAUCUUCUAGAAGCAAAAGCGAUGCUUCCAGACGUGUACGAAAAAGCAAAGUUUAACAGCGACGACUUAUUCGUCAUUCUUGAGGGAAUAACAGGAUUCUUUAGUGGUGCAAUGGGGAAAGAUCCUUUCGCAGCCCUUGGAUCAGCCCUGGGGGUUAUUGGGCAUUUUGCUGGCAAAUGUGACCUUGGUAAACUUCAGGAUAAUUUGGAUAAAGUAGAAAAAUGGUUGAAAUUUGGAAAGGACUAUGCUGCCCUAAAAGACUCAAGUGAAUUGGAUUUUGACAAAAUGGAUGUGGCUGCUGUACCUGAAGUAAUGCAGGUAAACACGGAAAUGCUGCAUCUUCAAUAUCUAAUGUUUGUGUUUCAACAGCUUGUUAUUUUGUUGUUUGUUUGUUUAUCUACUGAUUUAAUCGUUGAGUUUUAUUUAUUUUGUCUUUCUCUUUACCCUUUGGUCUGUUUUCUUUUCUGUGUCUCUCUGACGCUCUGUCUGUGUGUCAGUCUGUGCGCCUCUUUCUUUGACCCUAAAUCUAUUUCUGCUUCCCAAGUAAUAUCCAGUUCAUGACAAAAAUUUUGAUAUUCUUAUAAAAAGGCUAAUCUGGAAAUGAACAAAGAGGGACUUGCAGCGGACCUUGUUUGCCUGCUGGAUGAGAGGUCGAAACCUCGAAACUCGGCAAAGUUUCAAGAACAGAUCGAACGAUAUUUUAUCGCUGGUGCCGCAAGAAUCGAUCUCAUAGCAAAGGUCAUGGACUUGGAUAACGAAGUGGGUGGACAUAAAUUUGACAUCUCAAACUUAGAGGAGACAGCAAAUGAAAUUGAAAGCCUUAGUAAUUCUGGUGGUAAGGGUCUUUGUGAUUAUACAUUGCACACGAAGAUCCCACGCUCGGUCGUGCACAUGUGGGGCUAUACAUUCUCGCCGAAAUAUCCCAUCAAGUUAAGCUUGGAUAUCACGUCGCCUCACGCUUUCCCUAUUGGUGAUCCUCUUUCCGUAAAUAAGCAGGAAAAUGAAUAUUAAGCGUGACAGACUCGUUUCCCAAAUUCAUCCAACUUACCGCAGCUGUUUUUCAUAAUUUCUGUUUAAUUAACAUAAUGGUGCUUUUGUAUUUGAGUAGGCAAAGGUCUAAUGCUAGCAUAUUUUCUUUUCAGAUUCUCCCAUUGCUGAAAGCACACAACAGAUGUUUCUGGAUGGUUUACUUACGUCCUAUCAGCAGAUAGAAACAGGAUUUGCCCGACAAUUGUACCAGUUGUACAAAGGUUUCGAGUUUCGCUCUUUAUGGAUUGUUCAGGAAAAAUUAGCUGAAUUCGAACGGCGAGCAGUGUUAGCCGCGCAGGGAACAGGAAAUCUCCAAGGGGUUUUAGAGCUUACAAAAGCACUUCAAGAAAUUGACGAUAUCGAAAAUAAGGGACAGCGAUGCUUCACAAAAUUUCGUCACACAAUUACCACGCACAAAUGGACGUUUGACAGUGCUAAAGAAAACGUGGUGUGUGGUGUUUUUCUUUUGUCUUUGUUACAAUGAGCUAUUAAAUAAAACAGACGUAUUUUGCAGUUGUUAGUGUUGCUGUUGAUGUUUUUUGAACUUUUGUUCCUUGUUUUCCCUUUUGUUUUUUGGUAUUUUUCGUUGGGUAGUUCAUUCAGUAAUUGACUGUUUAGCCCCCUUGGAUUAAGUUAAAGCCUCGUUAAACACUCAUUUCAUUUCCUUCAUUUGACUUUUGAUUUUUGAUUUUGUCUUUCUGAGCAAACUUUGGCAGUUCUCCGUGUGGCUUGUUACCUUUUAUAUGCUACUUCAUUUCUGUAGAAGGAACCUCUGCAUUAAAUGUCAUCUUUAUUGCUAUAAAAUUAUUUACUUAUAGUUUCUUCAUCAUUUCUUGCAGAUGUUCGACGAACUUCAUAAGGGCGCUACGAGGUUUUCAUUGAAAAUUUCAGAUAGCUGCGAUCUAUGUUAUAAUGUGCGCCUUUUGAAGGUAAUAACUAGGCUCAGAUAGAUUGUGCUGGCAUAACUUUGGCCAUAAUUUUAUAGUAAGGGCAUCGAGUAUAAGGCCAGCAUAAUGAGUAAGAUUCCUUGCGUUAAACUACGUUUCUAGUACUUAUUUACUAAAAUUUUUGAGGUCCUUUUUUUUUUAGUUUCUAUUUCUUUUCUGCAAUUUUUUAAGACUAGGUUACUUCAUUGAAAGCCUGAUUUCAAGGCUUUACCAAUACCACGAGAUUAUAUACAGUUUAUAAUCUCUCCAGUAACAUACAUGGCUUUUAAACACUCUUAAAUUUAGUUACUACAUGGAGCAUAAUAAAAAAAAGGAAGCAUAAUUUUGGACACAAUGUUUUGCUUUUAGGGGUGAUUCUUAAAAGCAUAAUUGUCGAAUUGUCAACCACAAUUGUUAUUCGUUAGUUGAACUAUGUUUAACCGUGUUUAUAACUGAAUAAAAAUCAUGAUCAGAGACAGAGAUCUGAAAAACUGGAUUUUCCACAGGUUUAUUUAUUCAGUAACAUGAAUUUUCAAAAUGCACUUAAUUUAAAGUCCACAAACAUCGGUUUAAGCAGCUGUUACGGAAAAAGCAAUGUAAAACCGUGUUUUAACAAAACAGCUUUUAAACAUGUUUAUGCUUUGGUGCGAGUGGGGAAUUUGACUAUCAAUGAAGAUAACGUUCAGUCUAAAUUUUCUAACUGACGAUAAGAAUUAAGAUCUGUUCGCCCUAAUCUCCAUGUUUUUUUUUUUUCGUUUUCUGUUUUCGACUUUUCAUUUCACAGAUGUACGUUGAGCUAGAAGGUGACGAAUCUCAAAGCGGGGAUUACCCAUCGAGGGUUUAUCUUAAAUUAAGACAUCUCAGUGGCUCUUACUUUAGAGAUGGAAACGGGAAUGUCAGGGAGUUCCGGCAGCCUUUAGGAUCAUGGCGGACGUUAGAAUUCGACCGAUUUGCAAUCACUAAUACCGAAGGAUGCAACAAAGAAAAAGCAAAAGGAAACAGUGAGUAAUGAUUUAAAAGGCUAACCUUAUAUAGUAUUUCACGAAAGCCCUUCUUCCUGGUGUCACGCAACUCUAUCAUCAAGGCGUGACAUCCUACAGAACGGCUGUCAAGUAACUGCGAAGGAGAUUAGACUCCGACCACACCAAUUCGUUUUCGCUCUUCAACGCAUACUUUUUGAUGCGUUUCUUCCUCCUAUCAUUAACUAAAGCCAGAAAAGCGCUGAUGAAAACGGAGCGUGGAGCAUUUUGAAAAACACCUCCUUUAUAACCUUGAUAAGUCUGGACAUAGUGGGCAUCGCUGUCCUUUCAAACUAUUUGUAAAACAUUUCUUCUCGCAAAUUUUCAGAGGAUUCUCUCUUCUGUAUGGGCAAGGACGAUAACCGCUUUCAACCAAUGUGCUGUCAUUAUCUUAGCGGUUUACCGUGUGAUGACACACUUCUUGGAGCAGAAGAAUGCCGGAGUCCAUUUGGAACUUACGAGAUGACCAUACCGAUUGACAGCAAAACUCCCUGUAAAGCCAGUGGCUCGCGCAUAACAGACGGAAACUGCAAGGACUUUGAUGUAAGCGAAAGUUAUUAGAUUUGACUAAGAGGUUGUUGGGCAUCUGAAAAUAAAGACAAUCCCCACGUAUUCCAGGCUAAUAAUUUUCCACACGCGAUAAUUCACAUUUGCAGAGGAACAGCAAUAUUUUAACCUCAAAGUUGGCGUUUUACUUGUCCAAAUUAUAUUACUUUUCAGCGGAAUAAAAAAGGUUUUUUUCCUUGAUUUUUCCUAUCACUAUUUUUCUCCAGAUUUCUUUACUGAUCAAUUUUUUAAAUAACUAGAUGUGAGUGAAAUAUCGAUUGACGCAACCCCCCUCCCCCCGUUCCUCGAAAUUCGAAGCACGGUUUAAUUUCCGUGGUGACGUAUGUUAUGGUGGUGAUGUAUUUCCAAGAGAGCUACCAUUCUUUUUUCGUUGCUUGCAUCCAAGAGAAUAUUUUAUCUGAUGCCUCGUAAGAAAAUUGAAGCAAACAAUGGCAUUAUAAAACAUGGUAGAUGUCAUGCAUUUAGGAAAGUAUUUUUAAAAAACUUUUACUCUUUAUGCUUCAUUUCAAAACAAAUAAUUGUUAAUUAUUGCCGGAAUGAGAUUGGAGUACUUGUUAUGGCCAUAAGGGUCCUAAAUUAAAGUCAUGUACCAAAUUAUGUUAGAAUCGAAAACGACUACGCAUGCGGUUAAAACGUUAAACGGAUAAAAUUAAUGGAAAGAUACUGGCGGCUACAAUAUGUUGUGAUUUAUCCAAUUUUUUCUUCUUUUGUGCAUCAGCGUUCAGUGUUCACAAAAAUGAACGUGUGGAUUCAGUAUCUGUACUGGACUGGUGAGUACCCAAAAGGUCCAGACGACCCAAGAUGCAGCAAGUUCCAGGACCCAGACUCCGAGGCCGAGCAUGUACCCAUAACUAUUAACCAUGAAGCAUCAGGUGAUAUCGAGUCAUAG